CUCAACCAUUAAUUCAAGUCUGCAUGUGGAUGGAGCCUUUCUUUGCUAUCCUGCAUGUGGUAAUGGCCAUCAUCAAUUUCUCCAGAUCUAAUGGGACUGCUUGUACCCUGAGAGGAGAGUCUGCAUACCCACAACUAUCAAAGGAUGGUGAUAUCAUAGUUGGAGGGAUUUUCCCUUUUCAUAGCAGUUGGGAGAUCACAGACUUUUCGUAUUUGGUCACACCACCUCCACUGAAGUGCAAGAGUCUUGAUUUCAGAGCCUUCCAGUAUUCACAGUCAUUGAUCUUUGCAGUAGAGGAGAUCAACAACAGUUCCUCUUUACUGCCUGGUGUCUCACUGGGCUACAAAAUCUACGACACCUGUGGUUCUACAGCAGUGGGGGUCAGAAUGGCCAUGGCACUUAUGAAUGGAAAUGACAACACAGUCUUGGAUGAGCCCUGCACAAAGCCUGCACAAGUACAAGCCAUAAUAGGAGAGUCAUACUCAUCUGUGUCCAUGGCCGUUACGAAGACUAUUGGACCUUUCAGCAUUCCAUUAAUCAGUCACUAUUCCACAUGUGAAUGUCUCAGUGACAAAAGGAAAUAUCCCUCAUUUCUGCGCACUAUUCCCAGUGAUUACCACCAGAGCAGAGCACUGGCAGAAAUGGUCAGGCACUUUGGCUGGACCUGGGUGGGAGCAAUAAGAAGAGACGAUGACUAUGGAAACAGUGGCAUGGCUGCAUUUACUGAAGUUGCAGAGGGGUUGGGCAUAUGCUUAGAAUAUUCUCUUCCAUUUUUUAAAACAUACUCACAGGAAAAAGUUCUGACAAUCAUUGAGCAGAUAAGAAGCUCCACUUCCCGAGUUAUAGUGGGGUUUCUUGCUCAUUGGGAUUUAGAAAUAUUGCUGGAUAUAUUUAUUGAGCACAAUAUCACUGGAUACCAAUGGGUAGGCACUGAAGGCUGGAUCUCUGACUCAGUAUUGGCCACAGUGGAUAAGCACAAGAUAUUACAAGGAGCCAUAGGGCUGGCUAUCCCUAAAACAAAUGUGAAUGGUCUGAAGGAGUUCAUUCUAGAUGUAUAUCCACUGAAAACUGCAGGCGAUGCCAUUUUUACAAAAUUCUGGGAAGCUUUGUUUAAUUGUAGAUAUACAAAGCAGAAUGAUGCCACUGAUUUACCAGUGUGCACAGGUGAAGAGAAACCUUCUGAAAUGGAAAAUACUUUUAUUGACAUGUCCCUACUGCCAAUUCUCAGUAACGUGUAUAAAGGGGUUUAUGCUAUUGCUCAUACCCUACAUGGCCUUCUUGGCUGUAAACAAACAUGUUCUACAAAAAAGCAGCCUCAUCCUCUCACAUUUCUAGAGCACCUCAAAAGGGUGCAAUUCAAAACCAAAAUGGGUGAAGAGGUUUAUUUCGAUAUAAAUGGUGACCCUGCUGCAAGAUAUGACAUCAUAAACUGGCAAACAAGUAAAGAUCAGCAACAUAAGUUUGUUUCUGUUGGACUUUAUGACUCCACUUUCCCUGCUCACAGUCGAUUAGUGGUAAACAUGGCCUCGAUAGUGUGGGCGCAAAAUACCAAUCAUGUCCCAACAUCUGUGUGCAGUGAAAGGUGCCCUCCAGGCACCAGGAAGGCUGUGCAGAAGGGAAGGCCUGUCUGCUGCUAUGAUUGUAUACCAUGUGCUGAAGGAGAGAUCAGUAAUAUAACAGAUUCUGUUCAAUGUGAACAAUGCUAUCAGGACUACUGGUCAAAUCCUCACAGGGAUGAAUGUGUAAAGAAACAAAUCGAAUAUCUCUCCUAUGAGGAAAAAAUGGGAAUUUUGCUAACAUUUUUUUCUAUUAUUGGAGCACUUAUGACAACAAUAACAGCAAUCAUAUUCUUUAGAUAUAAAAAUACCCCAAUAGUCAAAGCCAACAACUCAGAGCUGAGCUUCCUGCUGCUCUUCUCUCUGACUCUGUGUUUCCUCUGUUCACUUACUUUCAUUGGUCGGCCCUCUGAGUGGUCCUGUAUGCUGCGCCACACAGCGUUUGGGAUCACCUUCGUCCUCUGCAUCUCCUGUGUUCUGGGGAAAACAAUAGUGGUGUUAAUGGCCUUCAGGGCUACACUUCCAGGCAGUAAUGUCAUGAAAUGGUUUGGGCCUCCACAGCAGAGACUCAGUGUUCUUGCUUUCACUCUCAUACAGGUCCUUAUUUGUGUGCUUUGGUUAACAAUUUCCCCUCCUUUCCCGUUUAGAAAUCUAAAGCACUACAAAGAAAAGAUCAUUCUUGAAUGUCAUUUGGGUUCAACCAUAGGUUUCUGGGCUGUCCUGGGUUAUAUAGGAUUCUUGGCUCUUUUAUGUUUUGUUUUGGCCUUUCUAGCACGGAAGUUGCCUGAUAACUUUAAUGAAGCCAAAUUAAUCACAUUCAGCAUGCUCAUAUUCUGUGCAGUUUGGAUCACUUUUAUUCCAGCUUACGUCAGCUCUCCUGGAAAAUUCACUGUAGCUGUGGAGAUAUUUGCUAUUCUUGCCUCAAGUUUUGGUUUGUUAUUCUGUAUAUUUCUUCCAAAGUGUUACAUAAUCAUACUGAAACCAGAGAAGAACAAUAAAAAGCAACUAAUGGGUAAAGUACCGAUUAAGUGAGGUAAUAGUUUAUGUUCUAGCUAAUUAUUAAUUGGACAUUUUAUAAAGCAUAUCCAGCACGACUUUCAUCUUUACUGUUCAAUAAUUUUGAGUAAUUUUAUAUUUUUAAAAUGGUAAGCUAUGUUUUUAACUUCUAAA